CACGUAGUGUUUACAGUCUUGAAAAUUAUUCCUUUGGCUCUAUGGAACAGCCUUAUUGACAUUGCUGAUGCACAUGCAAUGUUUUGAUUAUAAUAAACUAUAGAUAACGAAUAUUAAUUGGGUCCGGGACAUACCUAGAUCAAACAUUAGCCUCAGUGGGUAAACAUGAUCCUGAGUGUAUUGAAACGGUCACCUUCUCUCAUUAUACAAGAUGAUGAAGAAAACGAUCUCAUGGAAAACACACCUGCGGCAGAUUUUGAAACGGCAGUGCAUUUCGCAAAAAACGGAAGGUUUCAGAAAUUAUUGUUAGCAGUAUGCGGAACAGUCUACGCUACAUGUGCCAUCAGUACUACAACUUUGUCUUUCGUUUUGCCAUCAGCAGAGUGUGAUUUCAACUUAUCUUCAAUGGACAAAGGAAAACUAUCAGCAACUCCUCUAAUCGGAAUGGUACUGGGCUGUGCCGUUUGGGGUGCCAUUGCAGACAGCAGAGGUAGAAAACUGGCGCUGAUCCUCUCUCUUCUUGUAGACUUCUCAGCAGCAAUUACCUCUUCGCUAGCUAUGAGUUUUCAUUUGUUCCUCAUUUGCAGAUUUUUCAACGGUUUCGGAAUCAUUGGAGCAACUAAUAUUAUUUUCUCGUACUUGGGAGAAUUUUUGUCGGUGAAAAACAGAGACGCAAUGUUGGGCAAACUGGAAAUUUUUUGGAAUUUCGGAAUUGUGAUCUUACCGGAUCUAAAAAUAUUCUAUUUGAAAGUAUUAUUUUCCCAACCGUACUUAAGGUAUUUGGCUAUCACUAGUUUUGCUGACUUUGGGUUGAUGAUGAGUUAUUACACGUUGAUCAUGUGGUUUCCUGAAAUCUUCAGCAGAUUUUAUGAAUUUGAAGUCCAGCACCCCAACCUCACUGCUGGGAUUGUGGAAGUGUUCCAAAACAACGCAACUAGGAACAACAUAUUUUUCAGCUUCCUCCCCUGUGAUCCUUCUAUCGAUUUCAGAGUAUUUCUCGAUACGUUCAUCAUAGGAUUGAGCUGCAUUCCUACUUCAGUAUCGUUGAGUUAUUUCAUGAAGAAGGUUGGCAAAAUAUCUGUACUAGUAUUCUGUCUGAUGACGUCUGGUCUAGCAACGUUGUCACUAAUUUGGGUACGCAGCACUUGGCAAACGUUGGUACUGUCUUGUUUCUUUGAAGCACUCACUAGUAUUCUUGAAUCAGUCCUUUUUUGUGUUGUGGUGGAUCUAUUUCCAACUAAUCUGAGGGCUAUAGCGUUGGCCAUUACUGCAAUGUCUGGGAGACUAGGAGCAAUUUUGGGAAACAUAAUAUUUGGGAUUCUCAUCGAUAUCAACUGUUUGAUUCCUAUAUAUCUCUUUGGACUUUUGUUGUUUGCUAGCGGCUUGCUUUGUCUUGCUAUUCCUCGUACGGAAAAUUACAUUGUUAUACAUUGAGGAUGACAGAAGAAUGAAGGGCUUUGAAAUAAACGCAAAGGAACUGUUACAGCCGUGACAAUAUGUUAGAAAAAGAAAACGAAGAUGCUGAGCUUAUGACACUGCAGCCAGAUGGUUGAAUGUACUGACGACUUACUUCUCUCUCUCUCUUUCUCUCGCUAGAAAAUUUGAGAGUGUGUUUAUGGUGAAGAUUUCAAGAACUCGUUUUCGGAUUAGUUGUAAACCCCUAAAAGAGUACAAAUAGUUAAAUAUUGUAUAAAAUUCAAUGCAAGAAAUAUAUAUACUCUU